AGAUUGGAGAUCUAUGAUUUACGAUAAGCAGUCAGACUGCAGAGUAGCGGUAGGGAGAAAGGGCGACGAGAAGAACAGCGAGUUUGAAACAUUAGAUACGAAGAAAACGGUUACUCUUUUUUGUCGAAGAAGUGAGAUGAUUUUAAAACCCUAGCGAAAUAAAGGCGAUGCUUCUCCAUUUCCCGCCUCUCCGCCCCACGAUCCCUACCUCUCCUCUACUCCCCAGAUUUUGUUUCUCCAUCGCCGCUACAGACCGACGCGUCCGCUUCUUAAACUCUACUGGAAGCAGCAACGGUGGCAACAGAUGGAAGUUUGCCGACAUAGACACAGGUGCCGUUCAGCAGCGGCUGAGCUCAUGGCUGUUCAAGGCGCAGACGCUACUUAACGAUGUGGCCUUGCCGCUUGUGAAGCCUGGAUUGAAAAUGAAGCUGGAGAUCGAUGGAGAGCCCCAGGGAAUGGACCUGGAGAUGUUCCUAUCCUUGGAGAUAACUGUUGAUCGAAGGACGCCGAACGGGUACCUCUCCUUUCCCGCCGCUGUCUCGAUUGAGCAGUUCGGGAGGAUGAGCGGAUUGACGGGUAGAAAGAUGCAGAGGAUUUUUAAAGCGCUUGCGCCCCAGGGCAUUCAGAAUGAUGCGCGGAGUUUGGUAGAGUAUUGUUGCUUUAGGUACUUGUCAAGGGAUAGCUCUGAUUUCCAUCCUAACUUGAAGGAUAUUGCUUUCCGAAGACUUAUAUUUAUAACAAUGCUUGCAUGGGAGCAACCUUACAGUGAAGGUGAUGACUCACGAUAUCCAUUAGAGAAGUCUUCUCUACAGACAAGAGUAGUUGGCGAAAGUGCAUUUGUCAGAAUUGCUCCGGCACUUGCUGGAGUAGCUGAUGCAUCAACGUGCCAUUAUUUGUUUAGAGCUCUUGCUGGAGAUGAGCGUGGGAUCAGUUUAAACUUGUGGACAAGAUAUAUUGGUGAACUUAUCAAGGUACAUCAAGGGAGGAAAUCUCGUCAAACUUCUAAUUAUCUGUUGCCUGCGGAGCAACUUCUGUGCAUAGGCCAUAGUCGGCAGCGACCUGUUUUAAAAUGGGAGGAUAACAUAGCAUGGCCUGGGAAUCUGACAUUGACAGAUUCCACACUGUACUUUGAGGGAAUUCAAUUGGGAGGCUAUAAAGAACCUAUUAAGCUGAAUCUUUCAUCUCAAGGUUCAAGAGUUGAGAAAACAAAAGUAGGACCAUUUGGUUCCAAACUACUUGACUCUGCUGUCUCUGUUUCUUCUGGUGGCAAGCAAGAAACUUGGAUUCUGGAAUUUGUUGAUUUUGGUGGUGAAUCUAGAAGAGAUGUUUGGCAUUCUUGCAUUAGUGAAAUUAUCUCACUGUAUGAAUUUAUACGUGAGUAUGGACCUGAUGAUGAAGAUGCUACAAUCCAGCACGUAUAUGGUGCUCAUAGAGGGAGAAGAAGAGCAAUCAGUAGUGCAGCAAACAGCAUUGCAAGGCUGCAAUCGCUGCAGUAUAUUCAAAGGCUACCAGAGGAUCCAAGUAAAUUAGUGCAGUUCUCGUAUUUGAAAAAUGCACCAGAAGGUGAUAUUGUUCUCCAGGCUUUAGCUGUUAGUUUUUGGGGUGGGCCCUUGGUAAAGAAGUUUGAAGAAGCGGGCCAUGGAGUAGUACACUGGUCAAGGCCAUCUGAAGACUUUUCCAGUGGUAGUGAGCAUGUUUUUGACCUUGAUGGAAGUGUGUACCUGCGGAAAUGGAUGAAAUCUUCAAGCUGGACAUCUAGCUCAUCAGUUGCCUUCUGGAAGAUCUCAUCAAUUAAACAUGGGAUCAUAUUAGCUAAGAAUCUUGUUGUGUCUGAUCUAAACCUUAUAGAACGAGCAGCAUUGACAUGCAAAGAAAAAAGCCGGAAAGUGGAGAAAACUCAGGCAACACUGGACGCUGCUAUGAUCAAAGGAAUUCCCAGCAAUAUUGACCUUUUCAAGGAACUUGUGCUUCCUUGCACCAUUCUUGCCCAAAAGUUAGACAAACUUAGGCGCUGGGAGGAGCCAAUUUGGACUUUAUCCUUCCUUGUGGUUGUAUAUGUUCUUAUAUUUAGUAGAAACCUACUACCCUAUGCAUUCCCUGUGAUGCUGGUUAUCAGCUCUGCUACUAUGCUACUGCUGAAGGGCCUGAAAGAGCAAGGCAGAUUGGGAAGAUCUUUUGGCAAAGUAACAAUACGUGAUCAACCACCCUCGAACACAAUCCAGAAAAUUGUAGCUCUUAAAGAAGCUAUUUCUGAUAUAGAAAAUCGUCUUCAGAGUCUGAACAUUUCACUUCUCAAGUUUAGGACAAUUGUUUUAGCAGGCCAACCUGAGGUAACAAAUGAGGUUGCUCUAUUGCUGCUUGGUGGUGCAAUUAUUCUUAUCUUCAUUCCAUUCAAGUAUAUUGCUGCCUUUAUUGUUCUUGAUCUUUUUACAAGAGAAGUCGAAUUCCGAAGAGAGAUGACAAAGAAGUUCAUGAACUUUUUAAGAGAGAGAUGGGCUGCUGUUUAUGCUUCUCCUGUUGUUGUACUGCCAUAUGAAAAUAAAGAAGAUGGCUCUACGGACAAUGAUGCUAAGAUAAGUGAUGGAUCUAACUCACAGGGCCUUCAAACUAAUCUAAAUAACUCCAAGCCCUAGCAGCAUGGGAGAUUUCUGCUAUGUAAAAUGUGUAACUAUUUCUGUGAAUAAAUUAAUGUGAUAAAGCUGAUGAUUCUUUUACUACGUAAUAUUCAAAGAUAUGCAAUGUCCAACACAUGCAGGAAAUGAUAUGCGUCUUACAUACAUCUCAUACGUACAUCGAAUAUGUAUUUAAUAUGCUAUUGAUUGGUGUGUCGAUAAAAAUAAAUAAAUAAAGGAUGCAUGCAUUGAAUACAUC